UAAUAGGCCCGUUGCCCUUGCCGAAGCUCCAGAGAAACACGACGGGAUCUUUCACCAGAGAAACAACACAAAUACAGCUGCCCGUCAUGUCUAAUAAAGGCUCCGCAUACGGCCAAGCGGCCGGCGACACGGAUUUUAGGAAAAAGUACGAUCUCGACGAGUAUGCCGCCAAAGCCAAGGAGCGCGAAGCCGCCGAGAAGGAGGAGCGCAAAGCACGCUGGGAAGCCAAGAUGGCGGGCAAGAAAUACUACAAGCCCAUGGACGGGACCGAGACGCUCACGACGGCGCGUAACGCCACCCAGGACUUCAGCAAGCUCGUCGGCACAUCGACGCUGGUGCCCGCAGGGGCGGGAGUGGGCAAGCGUGGGCGCGGCGCCGGCUUCUACUGCGAGGCGUGCGACCUGACGUUCAAGGACAACCUGCAAUGGAUAGAACAUACCAACAGCAUGCAGCACCAGCGGAACAUUGGCGCGACGGGCGAGGUGCGCAAGGCGACCGCGGAGGAGGUGCACGCGCGCAUCGAGGCUCUGUGGGAGCGGGAACAGGAGCGCAAGCGGGAACAGGUUAUCUCGCUGAAGGAGAGGUUAGAGGUGAGGAAGGAGGAGGAAGAGAAGGAGAGGGAAGAGAAGAGGCGGAAACGUAAGGAGGUGGAGGAGCGGAGGAGGCUGGAAAAGGAAGCUGCGCUCAAGAUCAAAACUGAGUACGGCGAGGAUGUACGAAUCGAGGGCGAGCACGACGAGGACGACAUGAUGGCUGCUCUUGGAUUCACAGGGUUUGGGACCACUGCAAAGAAGUGAUAUUCAUACCACCAUGGCCAUCAGGACAGAAGAUUGUAUUCCAUGUGAAAUUACGAAAGAUACCAAGCAUAGGUCGGCGUUAGGGGUUGGGGUUGGAUGGAAUUUACGAUGAGGAAUUGUGUGCACCGUGGCAAUACUUUACAUUGGGCUGUGCUGAAAGACGGC